AUGUCUACUCCCUUUGAUCGUCGGCCGGCACUAGAUUACCUCUUUGCGUCACCUCUGACUGCAUUCCUCUAUCCCCUCCACCAUCUCCUGCUCCGACUCCGCGGACCACCGCGACUACCUCCCCCCAAUGCGCGCGCCAUCCGCGUCGUCUGCAUCUCCGACACACAUACCCUAGAGUGGAGCGACGUCCCGGACGGCGAUCUCCUCAUCCAUGCCGGCGACCUCUCUAAUGACGGCAGCAUCCGCGAGAUCCAAGCCGCCGUCGACUGGCUGCAGAAGCUGCCGCAUCCUCACAAGGUCGUCAUCUGCGGCAACCACGAUAGCUACUUCGACGUGCGCUCCCGACGCGACGAGGACCGUGAUCUGUCUUCCUCAUCCUCCUCCGCCGCCUCUAUCCGCUCAAUCGACGACCUAGACGGCCUCCACCGCAUCAACUGGGGAACCAUCCACUACCUCCAACACUCCUCCGUCACUCUCUCCUUCCCACCAGCACCCUCCUCCUCCUCCUCAACAACAACAUCCACCACCACUACCCGCCCCCGCUCCCUCACCCUCUACGGCGCCCCCCAAAUCCCUGCCAUCGUCCCCCUCGGCCCCGAACACGCCUUCACCUAUCCCUCGCACCACGACGCCUGGUCCGGCACCGUCCCCCCGGAAACCGACAUCCUCAUCACCCACACUCCGCCGCAGUCCCAUCUCGACCUCUCCCCCGUCUACUCCACCGGCUGCCCCUUCCUCCUCGCCGAAACAUGGCGCGUCCGCCCCGCCCUGCACGUCUUCGGCCACGUCCACGAAAACUCCGGCCGCGAGGCCGUGUACUGGGACGAGGCGCAGCGCGCCUGGGAGCGCCUGUGUGCCGCGCGCAGGCCGCGCGCCCGCCUUCCGGGCUUCUCGGCGCUGCUCGGCUUGCUGAGGGACUUGUGGGAUGUGCGCGGGUGGGCCGAUUCCGCGCGUGUGCUGCUAUAUGGCGUUAUGGGUGUUGUGUGGGCGAGGGUCUGGGGUGGGGAGAAUCGGGGUUGUGGGUGGAUGGUGAAUGCGGCUUGUAUGAAGGGGAAUACGGGGCGGUUGGGAAAUAAACCGCAGGUGGUGGUUUUGUAA